CGGCGCGGCAGCUCGAUUACCGCCGGAUCGCACAUCUCAAUGAGGAGUGCAGCCAAUAUUCAUCAUAUGAUGGCAUAGCUGGCAAAGUAUGAGCUCAUGGCAGAUCGGAGCGUCUCAAUUUAGACAUUUGGUGGUGGUAGUCGCUCUUAACGCCGUCGAGGGUUUAGGUAAGCAAGCGGGGGUUGUUCCGUCAACUGCAGGCACAAUUCUCCCAUCAAACCACGCCAGCUGCAGCUUGCCACUGCCUGAGACGGAGCAGCCUGUAGGGACAGAACUAGCCACUCUCUACCUUGCAGCUCUGGUCAUGACAGUGCAUAGUCUCGACUCUGAACAAAUCGAUAAGUUGAUGAGAUUACUGCAGUUGCCGGGUGCCGGGUCCCUUCUCAAGCAAUCUGCCGUUGCCAAUAACUUGCAAACGGUUGCUUAGACCACUGGUCAAUACCUAUGAGCCACUAGACCCGCUCUUUAGGCAUACAAGGAGCGUCUUUUUGCAGACAAUUCGCCACGACCUCUAGGCCUUUUUACAAUCAUCCUCGCUCUGGGAUUUUUGAUCCUCAUCUGCAUAGCGAUACGCCCGUCAAAAAGGUAGUUGUGCUGUGGAGGGCGUGCCAUA